AUGAGUAACAGAAUUCAGAAAUCUAGUCAAAAAGCCAGCGGCUUGACUUGUAUUUGCGCUUCAUGUGGAAAGCAUCUACGAGACAAGCACUCUCUGAAUCUUCAUAGAAUGGCUAAGCAUGCAAGCCAAUUCUAUCCGUGUACAAAGUGUGAUGAGCACUUCUCCCUGAAAACUGGUCUCAACAAACACAUGGAGCAGAUUCAUGGAGAGAUCAGAAACAAGUGUGAAGAGUGUGAUCGCACAUACGCCAAUGUGCAGAGUUACAAGUCCCAUGUCAAGAAUUACCAUGGAACCUUUCCAUGUUCUCAUCCUGGUUGUAAACGCAAGCUAAGUACUCUGAAAAGCCUGAACUGCCACAUUGAUUCUCACGUUCGCGAAUUCCCGUGCAAAAUUUGCGAAAAAUCUUUUACGAGCAAAGCUGGUCUUGUUGUACACAUGGAUUCCAUUCACGCGGAAUACAGCUGUAGAUGCUCUGUUGAAGGUUGUGAUGCCAAAUUCGCCCAUCCCACUUUCUUGAGAGCUCAUAUUAUGCACAUCCAUGAGAUCAAAAAUCAACCGGAGACUGUUUGCAAGCUAUGUGGCCAUGACUUUAGAGGGCUUAAGAGGGAUCUAAGAAGGCACAUGGAAACGAUUCACUGGCUAGAUUCAUUCAAGGAAAAGUUUGGGAAGCCACAGAAAGAAGGAGAAGAGGAAGAUGCCCCUGAAAGUCAUCAUGCCCCCAUGAAACUUACCAUAAAAGGCGCCGUCUAA